AUGGAGACCAUCUUCACGAGCUACCAGCUGGAAGAGCUGGAGAAGGCGUUCAAGGAGGCCCACUACCCCGACGUCUACGCCAGGGAGAUGCUGUCGCUCAAGACUGAUCUUCCUGAAGACAGGAUACAGCUGACGAGUCCUGACAAGCCAACUCCCUCACCUAAACAUCGCCCGCCGUACAAUGGGAAGUAUUUUUAUGACGAGUCACCUUCGCUGCUGGUCGAGCCACUGGGAGCACAAAAACUCUACGUGGAGAGCAGCAAGCGCCGCGACGCGGCCUCCUCGGCUCCCUUCGGCCACUUCCGGGGCUGUUCGGCUCUUGGCUGCGACACAAUGCACCCCACGUGCUGA